AUGGCCAUAAUCCCAAACUACGCCCUCCCCUCCACCGAGCUCAUCAUCCCCGACAACCCCUUCCUCCGCGCCGCCAAGCUCGGUUCCGCUCCCCCAGCCCCAUCCUACGAAGACCCCGAAGAACGCCCCCAACUUCGCGUCGCGGCACUCAUCUCCAACUACCGCUGGAAAGCCGGCAUCCGCGGUCCUUUACGCCCCCUUCCCCCGCGCUCCGAAGACGUCCAGGGUGCCUACUGGUACCACGACUGUUCCUAUUUCAAAUCCAAAACGCACUGGGUCGAGCGCGCCCCCCACCUGCGACUCGAACCAUCCGUCUCCUCCGCCGACUUCACGGGCGGCGAGACAAUUUCUAUGGAAGUCUGCGACUUGGGAUGUGGCUACCUUGCUCCCCGUGACACGGUCCUGUACAACAGCAAACGCGUCAUGGUCGAGACUCUCGAAGGGUUUAAUUUGCUUCCGGGCCGAUUCGAUGAUUGGUUCCUGUCCUGCUGCCAGUGCGGGAACUGGGAGCUGAACUUACUAAAAGAACACCCGUCGGCGCAGGAUAGCCAUGUGAAGAGGAAGGUGGUGGGCUAUAAUUGCUGUGAACACUGCGAGCGGCCGGAUGAGAAUAGGUGUGAGUUGUGUUUUCGUUGA